GUAGAGCUGACAGCGCUGGUAAAAGACUGGAAACACGACCCGUCUGCAGCCGCACCAGUCCUCCAAUAUACGGAGACUCCCAACCCCUCCCACAGCCAGCGGCCAGGACUCCGGAGGAUCCCUCGCUGUGUGUGAGACCUGAACAACAACAGGCUCACUGAACCCCCACAGGAAAACCCCCGGACUCGGACGAUGAGUUGUUUUGUUACGGACGGACUGCGAGUCAAAGGCUGGAAGUUGUAGCCGAUGUUGCGGCUGAUAUCGCAGCGGGCAGAGAGGUGGUUUGGUCUAGAUAAAUAAACAGGGUGGGUAACGCCACGUACGACUUCAUAUCGGACAAUAAAACUAAAGCUGCCGCUGGUUGAGAGAGAAAGAGAGAGAGACUGUGGAGCUGAACACAAUGUGAACACCGGCGAUGAUCAACUUGGUGGAAAGUUGGGAGAGACGACGCAUCAAAAAAAAAAAUUAAAUAAAAGUGAUGAUUUCUUUGUUUUUGAGCGCAGUGCGGAGACUCCAGUCCCAAUAACCGCCUCCACGUUGCUCCCCGCGGUACACAAACCCUAACUAUCAUGUGCGAGGUGACCAUGGAGGAGCAGGAGCGGGACAUCUCGGACAUAGACCCGCAGGAGUGCUCCUCCUCGGCGGUGGAGAGCGGGGUCAUGCUGGUGGUCAGUCACAGCCGGGUCCAUCCCCCCUUCAGCGUCGUGCUGGCCACCGUACUCUACUGCGCGGAGUUCGUGUCCGCCGCGGUGCUCUGCGGGAGGUACCACAAGACCGACGAUGUCAUCUGGAUGGGCUUCACCAUCACCUUCAUGCUGCUGCCCGCGGUGCUCAUCCAGCUGGCCCUGACGUUCAUCCACAGGGACCUGGGUCGGGACCGGCCGCUGGUCCUCUUCCUGCACCUGCUGCUGCUCGGACCCGUCAUCAGGUGUUUCGAAGCUCUGGUGGUCUACUUCAAGGCGGGUAAAAAGGAGGAGCCUUACGUCACCAUCUCCAGGAAGAUCAGUCUGAAGAAGGGACAGGGGACGCCCAUGGAGUGGGAAAUCGGCCAGUCAGAACGCACCCUGGCCACUCACAGAAACGCCUUCAAACGCACCGCAGUCAUCCAGGCUUUCCUGGGCUCCACGCCCCAACUGACGCUGCAGCUGUACGCCAACAUCCAGGAGAAAUACUUCCUCCCUGCAAGAUGGACUCUGAUGAUCAUCACCCUGAUCUCCAUCAUAUACGGGGCUCUUGUGUGCAGCGUUCUGGCCAUCCAGAUCAGAUAUGACGACUACAAGGUGCGGUUGCGCCCUGCAGCCUACCUGUGCAUGAUUGUGUGGAGAGGGUUGGAGAUUGCCACCCGGAUCACCGCUCUGGUCCUCUUCAGCACAGCGCUCACACACUGGGUGAUCCUUGUCGGCAUGGCUAACCUGCUCUUCUUCUUCUUCCUCCCCUGGGCUGAAUUCUGGGCCAAGAAAGGCUCGCUAACUAAUGAAGUGGAGAAAAACUUCUCUAAGCUGGGCACCACGGUGGUGCUGAGCAUGUUCACGUUGCUCUACGCCUGCAUCAACAUCUUCUGCUGGUCGGCGGUGCAGCUGGACCUCACCCAUCGAGAGCUCAUUGAGAGGAAGCAGCGCUGGGGCCGUCUGGCCAUGUACUACUGCGGACGUUUUGUUGAGAACUUUGUCCUCAUCACGCUCUGGUACUUCUUCAAGUCGGACUUCUACGAGUAUGUGUGCGCGCCACUGCUGGCUGUCCAGCUGCUGAUCUGCUACAGCCUGUCCGUGCUCUUCAUGCUGCUCUUCUACCAGUUCUGCCACCCCUGCAGACGCCUCUUCAAAUACAACGUCCACGACUGCCUGCACUGCAUCUGCUGCCUUAAAGGACCGGGGGGAGCAAGAGGUGGACGACAGAAGCCGGCGCCCUCAUACUCCAAUGCUGCCACCAUGGUGCUGGUGCCAGAGGAGCCACUGGAGCUGCUGGACCCACAAAACUCCGAACCCCCCGACCUCACCAGUCAGCUGGGAGAGCGGGAGACGGCUAUUGUUGAAGACAUGAUGGAGGCAGCCUGAGAGGGGCUUUAUGAGGAAUUCAAUGAACAAACUGAAGUUCUCUAAUGUAGAAACGAAACCCAGCUGGUGCUGCAGGCUGCACCGCUGGGUAAGACCUCAAGUCCUUUAACACAAAAACCAGAAUGAUUUUGUGAUUUUUGCGUUCGUGAGGUGAUGUGUUAGAGAACAAACUUCUGCUGUUUUCUCUUAAGUGCACAAAACUUUAUUCAUUCAUGGUUCUGAGAGGGAUUUAGGUUAACUCCUGAUGUCUUUAUUGGGGAUGAUUACGUACACUUAGGGCACCACAAGGCCCCAGUAUACCAAAGAAUGUAGCAUUUCGAGAUAUGCAGCGACGCACAAAGGCCGUGUUGAGAGAGCAGCGGUGGGUCAAUUACAGGACUGAGCCAGGUGUGCGGGAAAAGUGCCAAGUGUGUCCAAAGUGCCCCAAACGACUGAGCGGGAACGCCCCCAGCCCCCCAGUUUACUUCCUCUCAGGGUUUACACCAUGAAUAUCCCCAUUGCACACAUUUGCAUCUGCACUAAACAGACAUUAAAAAAAAGAAAAAUGAAAAAAGCAGGAGGGCAGGAAAAGGUCAGAGGAAGAAUUUAUCUUCCUCAUGCCCUACUGCAUAAACCUGUUGUGAUGAAUGCCUUGUGUUGUUCACUGUCCAGUCUGAUUGGCUCGAUUACAAAAGAACAGGUUUCAGUUUGGCAAAAGAAAGUUAUUCCCCUUUAGGUAAUAUCAGGUGUGUCUUUAAAAAUUAACACCUCAGUUGAUUCAUUAACAAUACUGACAUCAAAAUUAGCUUCUUCUUUAUUGAGGUGCAUUCACUGUUCGCUUGUUUUUUUUUGUUUUUUUUUUAAAGUUUUGUCUUGUUUGUUCGUUCAGUGCCUUGACUACUACUGUUUUACUUGAAUUUAAAAAUAAAAUAAUCAGUCUACACA